AUGAAAUAUUCUGUCCUCGUUUCAAGCCUUUUUUCCACAGCCGCCUUGGCUUGGCUUCCCCAGGACCAUGACCUGGAAGCUUUCAACCAGACGGCUCGCUUCGAAAAACUUGGCAAACGCUUCAAGCCAUCUCUAGGUCAAGGAGUAACCAAGAUCCGAGGUGUCAACUUUGGCGGCUGGCUUAUUGGCGAGAAAUGGAUGAUGCAGAAUGAAUGGAGCAACGUGAUGGGCUGUGGCGACUCGGCUUCUGAGUUUGACUGCAUGCUCGACCAUUACAUGGGAAACAACCGCGAACUCGGGAACCAAAGGUUUGAGAAGCAUUGGAGAGAAUGGAUCAACACCGAUACUGUUCAAUCUGUCCACGAUGUCGGCCUGAACACGAUCCGCAUCCCCAUCGGCUACUGGUCCUACACGGCAAUCGUCGACAAGGCUAGUGAGCCAUUCGCUGAUGGUGAUCGGAUGCUCAAGUAUCUCGACGCCGUGGUUGGGAAGGCUGCCGACUUGGGGUUGUAUGUCAUCAUUGAUCUCCACGGUGCUCCUGGUGGUCAGCAACAGGACGUCUUCACCGGCCAGAACAACAAGCCCGCUGGCUUCUACAACGACUACAACUUUGGCCGUGCCGAGAAGUGGCUCGCAUGGAUGACGAACCGCAUCCACACCAACAACGCAUACAGGACGGUCGGCAUGCUUGAGGUCCUCAAUGAGCCUGUUUCUCGGCACGACGGGGGUGGGCGCUACCCAGCUCCUGGCCAGGAUCCGGGCUUGGUGCAGAAGUAUUACCCAGGAGCACUCAAAGCUAUCCGCGAUGCCGAGUCCUCCCUCGGCGUUUCCAGUGACCGGAAGCUUCAUGUCCAGUUCAUGUCGAGCAAAUGGGACUCCGGCGAUGCUCGCACGGCUUCUGCGGUGGCCAACGACCCCAUGACUGGCUUUGACGACCACAACUACAUUGGCUUCGCGUUGGGAAACAAUGCCGGCGACCAGUUCAGCCUCAUGCACAGCGCAUGCUCUGACUCUCGUGUUGUAUCAGGCCAGUCUUUUGCCAUUACGGGCGAAUGGAGCAUGACUUCGAAUGUUGACUGGAACAACGCGGCUUUCUUCACGAAAUUCUUUACCGCCCAGCAACAACUAUACGAGAAGCCCGGGAUGAAUGGAUGGGUCUACUGGACCUGGAAGACAGAGCUGAACGACCCCAGGUGGACAUACUCUUAUGCUACGUUCCUCAAGUACAUCCCGACAGAUGCCGCCGCGUUGGAGAAGAAUGUCUUUCAGGAUGUGUGUGCUGGUUUCAGAUAG